AUGGCUCGAGGCGACACGCUUACUAAAGGCGGCCGACGGUUGGCGGGCGUUCUUCGCGCGCUUUUGAUCGCGCAGUUAACAAUCUCAUUGGUCAUGGUGAUAUAUAGCUACAACACUUCAUAUAAAAUUAUGUCACUAUUGAAAAAAAUACAUAAGUUCAAAGUGAUUCUGAUCUACAUAUUGAUACUCCUACAAGCGUAUUGUAUGAAACUUCACUACACAAGUGGUUUCCGCUUGGUGUCGUGGUUGCUACGCUAUCCGCACUGGAGCCGAGUUGGGCCCGUGGCUCGACUGUGGCUCCUCAGCGGAACCCUGCUCGCUGCUAAUGGUCUGCUGGUCCACGCUGCUUGUAAGACCACGCUGAAGGCUUUAAUGAAAGAAUUGUCAUCGACUUUGCGCAUCGGCAUGACUCAGUACCUCACCGAACCGUCCUGGAAGCAGUUCAUUGACACGAUGCAGAUAGAGCUGAACUGCUGCGGUGCAGAUCGUCCGGAGGACUGGCACGAGGUCCCUUGGAUCAGCAUUGACUUCCUCAAUGAGAGCGAAGAACUCGUAAUAAAGUUGUCGGGCGUGGACGGUAAAAUGAAGCUUCCCAUCUCACCGUACUCGUGCUGUUCGCCGCACGUGCUGACUGCCUGCUACCACGACCCUCUACAGCUAAGGCAGGUGGAGGGCGAAGGUGUGAGGUCGCUGCACAAACGCGGAUGUCGCGAGGCUGCUCAGCUCCCUCUCGCGCGCGUCGCGUUCGCCGUGCACGUGCUCACCGUCCUUUGUGCGCUCUUGCAGAUGCUGAUAGUGCUAGUGACACACUUGUUACGCGCUGCGACGAAAUGUGCAAAGCCAGAUGAGUCGAGCGCGAGCGCCCUGAGACGCGGCCUGCGCGCGCGCAGCUUCCCUUACCUUUCGUAA